UUACGUCAUCACGGCGCGACGUCCCGGGGGACAGUUUGGGGAUCUGGCUAGCGGGAAGGUGUGGCGGCGGGACCAUCCGGGAAGAUGCCCGUGGCCGUGAUGGCAGACAGUGCCUUUAGUUUCAAAAAGCUGCUGGAUCAGUGCGAGAACCAGGAGCUCGAGGCUCCUGGAGGAAUUGCUACACCUCCAGUGUAUGGUCAGCUUCUAGCUUUAUAUCUGCUCCAUAAUGACAUGAAUAAUGCAAGAUAUCUUUGGAAAAGAAUACCACCUGCUAUAAAAUCUGCAAAUUCCGAACUUGGAGGGAUUUGGUCAGUAGGACAGCGGAUCUGGCAGAGAGAUUUCCCUGGGAUCUACACGACCAUCGGCGCUCACCAGUGGUCUGAGACGGUCCAGCCAAUCAUGGACGCGCUUAGAGACGCAACGCGGAGACGCGCCUUCACCCUGGUCUCGCAGGCGUACACCUCCAUCGUCGCCGAGGACUUCGCCGCCUUCGUUGGGCUCCCUGUGGAGGAGGCCGUGAAAGGCAUAUUAGAACAAGGAUGGCAAGCCGACUCUACCACAAGAAUGGUCACGCCCAAAAAGCCAGUCGCAGGCGCCCUGGAUGUCCCCUUUCACGGGUUCGCUCCUUUAUCAGAGCCAGCCCCGGUCCCGCCCAUCCCCAACGAGCAGCAGCUCGCCAGACUCACCGACUACGUGGCUUUCCUCGAAAACUGACCGGUCCCGCCUCCCGGACCCACCCCGGAGCGCUGUGUCCUGAACUGAUCCAGAAAUGCUAAAUUUUUAUUUUCAGCUUAUUGGAUGGAUUCAGCGCCUCAGCCUUCCUUCCUGAGUGUGCGAUGGUAAAACACACAUAUACUGUAAAGCGCAUCAUGUGUAUUUUGUCCUUAAGCGCCCCGCUGACUAGUUGAAGCAGGCCCGGUUUCAUCACGCCACAGUGCGGGUGGGCCCGCCGGUGUCACGCAGCCCGUGUGUGUCCCAGCGGCUCGUGACUGAGCUCCCCUGCGUCCUGUAGCCAGGUGCCCGUCACCUGUGUUUCCCGGUCACGCACAGCACACCGUUCCUGCUGCUGGCCGUAGGGGCGCGCCCGGGGAGGAAGGCUGUGCCCGGCGGGACCUGCACUGUGGGGCGCUCCCAUCCGCCCCCUCGGGAGAAUGCGCACUCUGCUCCUCGCCCCGGAGUUGCCACUGCAGAGACGCAGCCGGGGACCCGAAUGGUCUCAGGAGACCAGGCUGUUUUCCCUGGCUUCGCUGAUGGUGUGAGCGCGCCCGUGGCCGCAGUGGAGGGCUUGCCGUGGAAGUGAGCCUCAUUAAGACGUUCGCGAGAUGCGUCACGCUGUCACACGGCCCUUCAGGAGAGGGGAGCCCUGCACAGGGAUGCGUCAUCCUGGGACAGAAGCCGUGAAGAUGACGAGCAACUUUGUCCAGCUGCCCUGCAGCUCCCGGUUGCUCACGUUUGACCCUCGGUUCAAGCUCUGCCUUUUGGAGAAAUGCGGAACGAGCCCCUCCUUUUCCCGUGUGACGCCCUCUGAGUGUUUGAAGCUGUUUAUUGUGUCUUCAGGUUAAAACAUCCCUGCAUUCAUUCAUUCUGCAUUUGUUCAAUAAAUAUUUAAUUGAAUUCUUCAACUGUUUCAUCUGAGGCAAUUUCUGGACAUUUCACUAUCCUGGUCUUUCUGUGGCCACGUUCUGCUUUGUGACUGUCUCUUGAAAUAUGACUUUCUUAAUUAGAAACGACCGAUAUAGCGAUA